CGUUCUUCGAGAUGAGAUGAUAAUUAUACCCUUUGGGAUCUUACCUAGCAUAUCCCUCACAUCCUUUAUAUCCUAGCUAUUCUUCAGUCCCCUAGUUUCCAUUGUGUCUUACUCUUAGGGUAUUUGCUUACCUAGCAUUGCGCCUUUCUGAUUCCUGCUCAAUCCUAUCUCAAGGGUAUCGGCAGACCCUUAUAGCUCCCGGCCGGCAACGAGGCCUGUCUUGGUAUCUCAUUGUUUCCAACAAGCCGACCCUACGGCCACAAUGCCGUCAGCAGUUCCUGACGUAAUGACAACCGGCGCCGAACAUACUGAACCGGCAGGCAAUGAAGGUCCGUUCAUCAACGGAUUCAACAGGAAGACCAAUGGCGUCUCAACAUGGCCUACCAAUGGUCACGCUCGAGCCAGCAGUGUGAGUUCCGCCGAUACGUCUAACCCGGCUGGGUUUGAAACACAUACUUUCGACUGGAAUCAACAUUAUGGCCCCGGCCCAGCACACCAGUACCAUGAGGAGGAAGCAGGUGGUCCACGAUCUCGAGCAUACGCCAGGAUACGAUCUUGGGGGGAUGACCCUAAUACGGCCAAGUUCCCUCGCAUAUCGAAACCUAUGGAGCUUAUGCGCACAAACUACGACUGUGUUGUUAUCGGUUCCGGUUAUGGCGGUGGCGUCGCGGCGUCUCGCAUGGCUCGUGCCGGUGAAUCCGUCUGUCUCCUGGAGCGUGGCAAGGAACGCUGGCCCGGAGAGUAUCCCGAUAGUACGAGCGACUCGAUUAGCCAACUACACUACUCCGGUGAGUUCGCACCCGGUUGGUUGCCUAAGAAAAUCGUCAACGGCGGAGAUCCCACGGGCAUGUACCACGUGAUUUUCGGCAACUGUCAAAAUGCGGUUGUCUGCAAUGGUCUCGGUGGAACUAGUCUUAUGAAUGCCAAUGUGUACCUGGAGGCGGACAAAGACACGCUACGGCUAGAGGCGUGGCCUAAGGAGAUCAGGGAGAACCCUGAUUGUCUGGAUGAAUAUUAUGAGAAAGCAGCUAAAGUCCUUCAACCGGAGCCAUAUCCCGAAGACUGGCCGAAACUUCCAAAGCUUGAACUGCUGAAGAGACAAGCGAAGUACCUCAGCAUGGAAGAGAAAUUUCGACGGGUAAGGCAGACGACACGAUUCGUCAAUGGACCAAACAGUUGUGGUGUGGAAAUGUACCCAUCGGCAAUGACUGGUCAGGAUUGCACCGGGUUAAACGACGGGUCUAAGAACACCACAUUAGUCACUUACCUGGCUGAUGCUUGGAACUGGGGUGCUGAUAUGUUUUGCGAGGCUGAAGUGCGAUAUAUCACCAAAGCUCCAGAACCCCAAGAAGGAUAUAUUGUCUAUUUCGCUUGGCAUGGGAGGAAUCGUGGCCAUUUCAAAGCAAAUCUGCAUGGUGACCUCAUGUGGGUGCACGCGAAGAGGGCUGUGUUCCUCGGUGCCGGCGCUAUCGGCUCGACUGAGAUUCUUCUCAGGAGUAAGAACAUGGGUCUUGAUUUGAGCGAAAAAGUAGGCGAGAACAUGAGCGGGAACGGCGACAUGUUGGGUUUUGGGUACAAUACUGAUGUCGAGGUAAACGCAAUGGGAAGACCUUUCCCCUCUCCCUACCACCCUGUUGGACCUACCAUCACUGGCAUCAUCGACAACCGAUCAGGCCACGAGAAUCCUCUAGAUGGCUACGUCAUAGAGGAGGGCGCUAUGCCAGGGGCUCUCGCGCCGUUCUUGCAAGCCAUGCUCGAGAUCCUACCCGGAAGCGUUGAACCAACCAAUGAAGGGCUCAUUGGGAAGUUCAAGGCGAAUCUGGCUCGCCUAGGAACUGCAUUCCUCGGACCGUAUUACCGGAAAGGUGCAAUUGAGAGAACACAGGUGUACUUGAUUAUGUCUCAUGAUAGUAAUCAAGCAUACCUUACUCUCAAGGGUGAUAAGCCUGUCCUUGAAUUUGUAGGCGUCGGACGCAGUGACCACGUCAAGUAUUUAAACAGGGUAUUGGAGAAAGCUACGAGGGCUGUUGGUGGAACAUUCGUCCAAAACCCCUUCUCAGCCCUUGGCCCACAGCAGGUCACUGUCCAUCCUAUUGGUGGUGCUUGUAUGGCUCGUGACGGGACUGGUUCGACAGGCGCCACAAAUCAUAUGGGUGAAGUCUUCACCGGCUCUGGCAAUAAGACCCAUUCAGGUCUCAUUGUUACAGACGCUGCGGUUAUCCCGACUGCCCUUGGCGCAAAUCCGUUUGCGACGAUCACCGCUCUCGCAGAAAGAUCCGUCGAUCACUAUGCCAAAAAUCAGAAUCUCACAAUCGAUAUGACGCCGAACGGUGUUCUCGAUCUCUUUGGUGCUCCCGAACAUACGCACGCCCAUAAUAAGAAGCGUGGAUCAGUCGUACACACUGACGAAGUUGAGGAGAUUGCUAAAAUCGACACUGCCAAAAACGCCAUUAUCACUGCUCGGCGCAUGAACGAUAGCGGAUUUGGCUUUACAGAAGUGAUGUCUGGAUACAUCCAUCGGGACAAAGGCCUCAAGAGGGAUAACGUUGACACGUACGAGCUAGCUGCUAGAACCGCGAAGUCUCUCAGCGAGACGGCGCGAUUCUUCCUAAGCGUACAGUCUUUCAACAUCAGAUCCAUUGUUAACGACCCUAGCCACAGAGCUACACUAACCGGAACCUUCGUCUGUCCUACUCUUGUGGGCUCUCCUUUCAUGGUGCAACGGGGCGAUUUCAACCUGUUCUUGCUUGAUCGCAAAGCGCCUGGUACUCGCAACCUAACUUAUGACUUUGACAUGCGCGGUAUUAACGGCAGGAGGCUCCAUUUCCACGGUUAUAAGGUUGUCGACUCGUCUGUUGCGCUGUCGCCGGUACAUUUCUGGAAGUCAACGAGCACUCUGUACGUCACUAUCACCGAGACCCUUCCAAAUACGGAGCGGAGCUGCUCGGAUGCGGACGAAUGUGGCCUUCUGGGAGAGAUUGUCGCAAAGGGUAUCAUGCGCAUCCAACCACAGGACUUCUUAUCCGAGGUUAUGACCCUCACUCCUACUGGAAGUAGCAUUUUCAAGAAGGUGAUGAGUGCGGGCAACUUUUUGACGUUCUUCACGCGGAAAUCCAUGUCGCUUUUGCUAGCGCCGCUCACGCCGUUACAGUAUCCCGUCCAGAACUGUUUAGGAUUCGUAAAUAACACGCCUCCGACAAAGACAUACAAAAUAAAGGCAUCCGAUGGUGUUGUUACUAGCUUGCAUAUGUGGGAGCCUACCAAUCGGGACAUUCCAGCGAAGAAUCUGUUCAUGAUCCCCGGCGCUUCGGUCGAUCACCAGAUCUACGCGCUUCCGACCAUCCGGUACAACGCCGUGAACUACUUUUGCAGAGCUGGUUACCGGGUGUGGGUUACCGUGCACCGUAUCGGCAUGUUAAUGAUUGCUCAGGACGACUGGACGACGUUUGACACACGGCUGGACUUCAAGGCCUGCCUAGAGAAGAUUCGAGAGGAGUUCCCGGGCCCUGACAAGGAACAGCCUGAGAAGGUAUACACGAUCGCGCACUGUAUGGGCAGCGUGGCAUUCUCGACGGGCCUUCUCGAUGGCACAAUCCCGGCCAAUUGGAUCAAGGGUAUAACAUGUAGUCAAGUGUUCAUGAACCCGAUCUGGAACAUAGCGAAUAUGAUCAAGAUCACGGCGUUGCCAAUACCCGGAGACCGCCUAUACAAAUAUCUGUUAGGCGACUGGUUCAGCUUCAGCACGAGCAAGAACGACAGUCUCCUGCAGAAAGGUCUUAACGAGCUAUUAAGACUAAUGCCGGACUCGAGGAAGGAGAUAUGUAACAACGCGAGCUGCCACAGGACGACAAUGGCGUUGGGGCGCUGCUGGAAUCAUCGUAACCUCAACGAGGCCACGCACAGGCAGAUCGACCGGUUCUUCGGCGGCGUGAGCAUGACGCUCAUGCACCUCCUCAUGAAGCAGGGGUACCAGGGCGGAGUCAUGGGCAACGGCCCGCUGUUCGAGAGGCUCGACACGCCCGACAAUAUCAGGAGGCUGAAGGGCCUGCCUAUACUGCUGUUCGUGGGCCGCGACAACGCGGUGCUGAGCCCCGAGAGCACGGAGAAGACGUACGAGAUCCUGACGGACACUUUUGGGACCGGAGAUAAUCAGUCCGGCGUUCCGUAUAGGAGACGCGAGGUGCCGGGUUACGGACACCUUGAUUGCUGGAUGGGGAGGAACGCGUGGAAGGACGUCUACCCGUUCGUGAGGGAGGAGGUUGACAGGGUGGUCAGAGGCGAGGAGUAUCGGUUUAGGGAGCCGGAAGACCAGUUCAAGGAGCUGGUUGAGAGCGGGAAGCUAUUGUAUUAAGUAUCAGGGAUAAGGACGGGUGUGGAUCACGGCACAAAAAAGGAGUAUUGCGUAAAAGGAUUCUAUGAAAUAAAAAAGGGGGUUGAAUAAGGGUUUCGGCGUUUUGGAGUGGGUGGUUAUCUACCUAGGUAGGCAUCGUUAGGUAUGGUGGAGGAAAGGGGGAUACGGCGAUAUACCCCUUAUUGCUUUCAUUGUUGGCAGCGCCUUCUUCGUCGUCGUUAUUACACCUUGCUCCUUCUUUGCUUGAGAUAGAUGAUAGGACUAUCUUUAUGAAUAUUUAUCUAUCCACAUGUUCACA